AUGUCAGUUCAAGCAGGUAUGAUUGUUGGGAUCAUUAUCCCAGUAGUCGUUGCAUUUAUUUUCAUUAUUAUAUUAUUUAAAAAAAGUUUAAAGAUUAUAAAAGAAAGAGAAGUAAUGAUCAUAGAAAGAUUUGGAUCAUUUCAUACUAUUUUACAUGCAGGUGUACAUUGGAUUCUUCCAUUUAUUGAUCGUCCAAAAACAUUUUAUUAUUCAUAUUAUGUCGAUACACCAGCAGGUAAAGAAUUAAGAGAAUCUUUAAAUUUAACAAGAAUUUCAACUCAAAAUGAAGUUAUUGACUUACCAAAACAAAAUGUUAUCACUAGAGAUAAUGCUUCUUUAUUUUUAGAUGCAGUUUUAUCAUAUAAAAUUAUAAAUCCAAAACAAAUGAUUUAUAGUUGUGUAAAUUUACCAAAUAUUUUAUCAAAAUUAUUACAAGCUCAAUUAAGAAAUUUAGCAGGUACUCUAGAAAUUGAUCAAAUUAUUGAGGAAUCACAUCUUUUAAAUGCAUUAACAGGUUUAAUGAACAGCGAAGCUUCAAAAUAUGGUGCAGAGAUUGGUUUUGUUAAAAUUCAAAGAGUAGAGGCAAUGUCAUUAAAUCAAGUUUUAGCACAAAAGAAAAAUACAGAGCUCCAAAAUAAAGAGAUUAUUAUUACAGCUAAAGCCCAUAAACAAACUAAAGUUAUUCAAAGUGAGGGUCAAAGAGAUUCAAUGAUUAAAAAAGCAGAGGGUGAGGCCCAAGAAAUUAUUUCAAAGGCAAAAGGUUUGGCACAAGCUAAAAUUAAUGGAGCACUUGCCGAAGUUAGAUCAAUAAAGGAAAUUUCAAGAGCAGUUGGUAUCAGUAAAGAUUCGAAACUAGAUGUUGCAAAAUAUAUUCUCACUAUCAAAUAUUUAGAUGCAUUAAAGUUUAUAAUGGGUUUACCUCAAACCUCCACAAAUCUUUUAUCUGAAGAAACUGUAGACCUCCAAUCACUUCCAUUAUUUGGUGUACAAAGUGUCGCCAUACCAGCUUCAUCACAAUUUAUAAGAUAA